GAAAGUAAUAUGGGAUGAGAGAGAUCCUGAAGAUGAAAAUGAUAGAAUAAGGAUUGAGGGUCGACAUGUGGGCCAAGUUCCCAGUGAUGAGAGCGCAUCUUGUUAUUACACGAAAAUUAUGGAUAAACAAUAAUGAGAAAAAAAAGACUUUUAAAAGAAUUUUAAUUAGGUUUACUUCAAACGAUCAGCGGCUAACAGAAUACGCAAUCAGAAUUCAAAAGAAUGAUUUUUUAUAAACUAUCUAAGCCAUAAUUAAGGUAAGACUGGUGAUACAAAGGCGGGAUGAAUUAUCAGACAAUGACUCUAUUGUAAUUCGAGAGGGAGGAUCAAAAAAGGUAGUAUUAUUUUAAAUGACAUUAUUUUUAUACUGCUACAUUAGUCAUAAAUGGAUGAUGGAGUCUUUUUAUUGGCAAGAGAGAGAUAGGAGAUUCAAUUAAUUUAACAAGACUGGUCAGAUUAUAUAUAUGCAGGCAGAGGAAAAAGAAAAUUACGAAUCUAGAGAUAAAGAGUUAAUGAAAAAAAUAGAGAUAUAUAAACGAGGUAUUUAGGAAGGUGGAGAGACAUUAUUAUGAAACUAAAGGAAAUAGUU